AUGGCCACAUCAGCACGUCAAGGCAUGUGUCAAGUUUGUCUUUGCCGUGUGCUCAAACGAUCCGUGCCGCAUGAAGCACCAGAACCUGACCUUGACCCUGAAUAUCGGUACGGUGGCCGAGCUGCGUCAAACCUGGUGGAUGCGUACUCCUGCUGCGGUGUCGGCCCUUGCAACAUCUUCUGCUGCAACUGCGACAACGGUUGCAUCGCCUGGGAUCAUUGCCCUGAUAACUCGGGCAAACGCGACGUCACCUGGCCCGACUGGUCGGGUGCACCUUCAGGCAACAAUUUAGCGGAAGGUGGCUCAGCAUCUGCGAAUGCGACAUGCUCGCCCACAGCCAGCACGGAGGACUGUGUUCUGGCCAAGUUCGAUAUUCUCGACAUCGGUGACGACGGGAAGGUCUCCAUCCUCGAACUUCUCGCGGGUUGGGCGCUCGUGUGGAUAGUCAGUGACGAGUCCGAUACCUCAACGGAUCCAGCGGAUUACAUCUAUUUGGUUAAAAAGUUCGAAAAGUUCGACACCAACGGUGAUGGGUACCUGACUUUGGAAGAGUGUGCCCAGCAACUAUCCUAA